AUGGAUGAUUUAAAUCCAUUGGCCGGUACUGCCCAUCUUUUGGAAGAGGUAGAUAAGAAAUUGAUGGUCUUGCUGAGAGAUGGUCGUACCCUGAUUGGAUAUUUACGUUCGGUGGAUCAAUUUGCCAAUUUGGUAUUGCAUCGUACCAUCGAAAGGAUACAUGUUGGCAAUGAAUAUGGCGAUAUACCACGCGGUGUAUUUAUUAUACGUGGCGAAAAUGUUGUACUUCUGGGUGAAAUUGAUCGUGAAAAGGAAUCUAAAUUGCCCCUAAAGGAAAUCUCCGUCGAUGAUAUACUAGAUGCCCAGAGACGGGAGCAGGAACAACGCCAGGAAAAACAUCGUCUCAUAUCGAAGGCUUUAAAAGAACGUGGCUUAGCCGUCAACACAGAUAUAAUUAAUGAAGAUUUCUGUUAA